AUCUAACGCAGGUGUACAAAUGCAAAAUGGCGUUUUCAGGAGGAAAAUGGCAGCGCGCUCCCCAGAUGGAAAGGAAUGAUGAGCGCCAUGUCUGAUCCUCCGCUGGCGGACUAGCGCCGCGAACGGCGGCGGAAAAAGACGCCCUCGAUCCCAGGUGAACGACCACCGCCGCCGGGAAGAGGAGGUGGAGGAAGAGGCGGCAGGGGGGUCGCUCCCCCUCCGUCGGGAUUCGCCGCCGAGAGGCACCAUGGCCGACAGCGCGGGGAUUCAGCAGGGCUCGCCGGCCAUCGGCGCCGUAGGCUCGGCUCCGGCCGCUCCGGGCCCCGGGGGCGCGGAGGGCUCCGGCGCCGCUGGAGGCUCCGCGCGAAUCUGCGUAAAAAAGGCGCAGCUCCGCUGUUCGCCUCUGCCCAAGAAGCUGGAGAAGCUCGGCGUGUAUUCUUCAUGCAAGGCGGAGGGUGCUUGCAAGUGCAACGGCUGGAAGAGUCAGAAUCCUCCGCCGACUCCUCCCCGCAGUGAGCAGCAACAACCCGUCAUCGUCAACUUGCAGGAGCCCUGCCGCAGCUGCUCGCACACUUUGGGAGAUCACGUGACUCACCUGGAGCACGUCCCCGAGGACGAGAUCAACAGACUGCUGGGCAUCGUGCUAGACGUGGAGUACUUGUACACGUGCGUGCACAAGGAGGAGGAUGCUGACACCAAGCAGGUCUACUUCUCACUCUUCAAACUACUGAGGAAAUCCAUCCUCCAGAUGGGCAAGCCCACACUAGAAGCACAGGAGAGUCCACCCUUUGAGAGACCCAGCAUUGAGCAGGGUGUCAACAACUUUGUCCAGUACAAAUUUAGCCACCUACCGUCCAAAGAACAUCAGACCAUUGUAGAGCUGGCCAAGAUGUUUCUGAACCAGAUCAACUACUGGCAGCUGGAGACGCCAUCACAACGGCGCCAGAGGCUCCCUAACGACGACACUGCCGGAUACAAAGCCAACUACACUAGGUGGCUGUGCUUCUGCAACGUGCCUCAGUUUUGCGACAGCCUACCGCGCUAUGAGACCACGCAGAUCUUCGGCCGUACGCUGCUACGCUCGGUCUUCACCGUCAUGCGCAAGCAGCUGCUAGAGCAGGCCAGGCAGGAAAAGGACAAGCUGCCGCCUGAGAAGAGGACGCUCAUUCUCACGCACUUUCCCAAGUUCUUGUCAAUGCUGGAGGAGGAAGUCUACAGCCAUAGCUCCCCCAUCUGGACCCACGAGUUCUUGGCAGGGGUUCCUGCAGGUCAAAUUCCCGUCCAUACAGUGGUUAGCGCACCCCCAGUGGCCAGACCCUUGUACUACAGUAUCAGUCCAGCAUCGUCCGUGGACCUCUCGAGCGUUGCCGUCAGUCCGGCCAAGAAAACGUCUACGGUGCUUGAGCCGUGUCCCGUCGGCGAGAAGCGCAAGCCAGUGGAGCCCCUAUCUCAAGAGGAAAACAAGAGACCCAGGGUGGUGGGCGAUAUUCCCAUGGAGCUCAUCAAUGAGGUGAUGGCCACCAUCGCCGACCCCACUGCCAUCCCGGAGACCAGCCUGCUGUCAGCCCACUCAGCCCGGGACGAGGCAGCUCGCCUAGAGGAGCGCAGAGGCGUGAUCGAGUUCCACGUCAUUGGCAACUCUUUGAACCAGAAGCCCAACAAGAGGAUCCUCAUGUGGCUGGUGGGCCUCCAGAACGUCUUCUCGCACCAGCUGCCUCGCAUGCCCAAGGAGUACAUAACGCGUCUCGUCUUUGACCCGAAGCACAAGACACUUUCGCUGAUCAAGGACGGCCGCGUGAUCGGGGGGAUUUGCUUCCGCAUGUUUCCUUCGCAAGGGUUCACUGAAAUAGUCUUCUGUGCGGUCACGUCCAAUGAGCAAGUCAAGGGGUACGGCACCCACUUGAUGAAUCACCUGAAGGAGUAUCACAUCAAGCACCACAUCCUGAACUUCCUCACCUACGCUGACGAGUACGCUAUCGGAUACUUUAAGAAGCAGGGUUUCUCCAAGGACAUCAAGGUCCCCAAGGCCAAGUACGUGGGCUACAUCAAAGACUAUGAAGGAGCAACGCUCAUGGGCUGUGAACUCAACCCCAGCAUUCCCUAUACAGAGUUCUCGGUGAUUAUCAAGAAGCAAAAAGAGAUUAUCAAGAAGCUGAUUGAACGGAAGCAGGUGCAGAUUCGCAAAGUCUACCCGGGCCUCUCGUGCUUCAAGGACGGCGUGCGGCAGAUUCCCAUAGAGAGCAUCCCUGGCAUCCGUGAAACCGGAUGGAAGCCGCUGGGCAAAGGGAAAGAGGUGAAGGACCCCGAGCAGCUGUAUGGCGCGCUUAAGAACAUCCUGCAGCACGUCAAGAGUCACCAAAACGCUUGGCCCUUCAUGGAACCUGUGAAGAAGACUGACGCGCCCGGCUACUAUCAAGUCAUACGCUUCCCCAUGGACUUGAAGACGAUGAGCGAACGGCUGAAGAGCCGCUACUACACCACUCGCAAGCUUUUCAUGGCCGACAUGCAGCGAGUCUUCACCAACUGCCGCGAGUACAACCCGCCCGAGAGCGAGUACUACAAGUGCGCCAACCUACUCGAGAAGUUCUUCUACACUAAGAUCAAAGAGGCCGGGCUCAUCGACAAGUAGAGCGCCGACGUCGUCAUCACCCUGCCAAAAAAAAAAAAAAAACUGCGCGAGAACUCCGCUCGCUCGACGAAAAAUGUACAUAACAUCUAUUUUUUUCCCUCCCCGUGUAGGGCAGCUGUGUGACUAUCAAGAAUUGCACUUUUCAUUCUAAUGGCCCGAGCAUUUCCUUUCCUGACAAUUUGACUGCUGUUAACGAAUUAAGUCUUAAUUUAUUCUGUCUUCUAUUUGUUCCGAAAAAUAGAGAUUGAUAACUUUAUACUUUGUGCAAUACUGUGUAGUUUUUGUUUUGUAUUCAGAAAAAAACAUUUUUGUAAGAGGUUCUCUUUGUACAGUUGGUUUUAACAACGCAGUAUUAGUCGCUUUUAUAGACGGAAUAAAACUAAAAGGCUUGUUGAAAA